GUACACUCUUAAAUAGAACUUCCAUAUUGGAUGGCUCGAGCAUUGUGUAGUCGUAAACGUCACAUUGUUAGCGUUGAAAUGCCCAAACAGUACAGGGAAGGUUACAGAGAAAUAUUGUCUGCUGACGCCAGUGUUGUGGACCUGCACAAGUUGGGACCAAUCUUCUACAGCUUUGGUUCACAACUCUUAAACUUCGAGCAUCCAGAGGGAACUGAUAUAGCAAAGUGCUUACUGAAGACUUUCCAGUCUAGAUUCCGUAAAAUAAUGGAUUCUUCCCAAAAUGCCUUGAACGAAGACAACUCUCAACUGACUGAGCGACUGGACGAGACAGAGAAGGUUUUGUUUUGUGCUGGACAGAAGGGACUGAACAAUUUCCUCCGAUGGGAGAAGAGGGAAACCGAGAAACUGGUGAUGUCAGCCAUGGUUCAAAAUCACAGGAAGAGGAAGCGAGCUAUCAUGGAGAGAUCCUAACAAACACCCCCUGCAGAAUCAUCUCUGAUGCACUAGAAAUCAUCACAAUUGUACAAUGAAUUACUAAUGGUAGCAAAAUAUAGACAGGAUAUUUUGUCUGGCUCCAAAUUCAGCAGAAAGUCUGUUGCCCAUGUCUUGUCAAAUUUAGUGUUUUCAAAGAGGCGUGAUUUAAAUAAUCCUUUUUUAUGUAUGUUCACACUAAAAAUUACUGAAAGUGAUGCCAAGAGUUGAUUUUUUUUUUGUAAACUCUCAGGUUAGCAGUCUGAUUAACAUUCCUAGUGACAUCAGAUGAUCAGAGCAAUGUUUCAGAUAUAGGAUUUAAAUCUUAAUGAUUCCCCUUAGGUUCUAAAUGUAACACAAAGUAUAGGUUAAAAAACUGAUUGGAGAUUUUGUCGAUGAGGAGAUCUGUCUUCAGGUAAAAAUGUAUAUGUUUUGUUGCCAGUGGGGAACUUUCAUAGGGUGUACUUUUUGUGGCUUUGAAGUCCAGGUUUGCCACCCACACAGUUAGGUUUACCAAAGUGUCCAGUGUCUCUUUUACUGUUCAAUACUGCUCUCUGCCAUGUCGGUAGGGUUGUUUGUAGAUAAACAUUACCAGUUAAAAAGCUGUACAAUUGCUUCUCACUUGUGUAAGGUUAUUUCAUAGUUAGAAGGGGUACAUUUUCGUUUGUCUGUAGACAGUGAUAGAGACUGUUAGGACACAAGUGACAGAGGAAUGCAGACUUGUCAUUGUCGAGUACUGUCCUUGUCACGUGUAAUUAUGAUAGAGCAAUAAUGUGUGGAUGUCAACUUCUUUAUUAUCAGGAACACAAGGUAUAUCCUCCCUGAGUCAGGGAGCAUAUAUAUGUACAUGGAAGAACAAGUAAAGUAACACCAUAACAAAGCAGGGCCUAGAUUUUCGAAGCUCUCUUAACGCUAAGAUAGUCGUAAGUGCCAUACCUUAACAUUAACUUAGGACUAUGUUAGCACUAAGAGAGCUUCGUAAAUCUAGGGCCUGGAGUCUUAUUUCUUUUGCUGUUACAUGUACAUAUAUACAUGCUCUCUCUCCCACCCGUGAAGGUCCGGGCUAGAAUGAACCUUCAGUAACCAUUGCUUGUCGUAAGAGGCGACUAAC